AUGGACACACCACCCGUCCCGAGCACGUUGGCUCCAUUGCUCUUUGGUUCAUGGUUGAACACGGGGUGAGUUGCCGGGGUUCGCGAUCGUGGGAUGCUCCGUCUGACUUAGUCACGUACGCAGAGAAGGGCCCUACACGACGCUAUGACACUGACCAAGUCACUCACGUCUACUUUCGACAACAGCUUGUUCACGCUGGAGCUACUGUGGAUGUUCGAACACUUUCGGAAGCAUCGCUUUUCUCGCGGGCCACGAUGGAUCAGUGUGACCCUGCUCGUUCUCCUCCUCAAUGAUUCGAUCUCGACCAUCUCCAACUAUGCCGCCGUUUGGCUCUACACGAUCGUCCAUUUCGGCGACUAA